AUGAACGCUAGCCAAAGAUCCCCCAAGACCCCGAAACCAACAGCCUCCGUGCCAAUUGUCCAAAAUAAACGCUGGCCCCCCAUGGCGAAUCGAAAUGCCCUCCCUUACAAGCUCACGCACAUCUCGAAAGAGAAACUUGCCCGUGAAGCCACCGCACCAGACCCCGACCUCCGCCGCUGCGUGGCUCACUUCCGCCUGCACUGUGGUUCUGUCUCUUGGACCGAGAAUGACAUGAAGUCUCGCAUCAGUUCAUUCGACUUCGAAGACACCGACGAGGAAGACGACGUGGAUGAAAUCAACAAAGAACUGCCUGUCCUAAAGAACAGAGCCCCGGCCAAUGAGACUCCAGAAGCAGUCGCCGAACAAAUAUCAUACAAAUCAAAAGCAGAGCCUGUCGCUGUUGCGGCACCCCCGGCAUCACCCCCGGCAUCACCCCCGACAUCACCCUCUGAAAAUUCCGAGCAUGGUUUUUUGGAAAAGGGUCGCAAUUGUCUUGAGGCGACCUCCAAACACCUAUGGACAGGGGGAACUUGCAUCGUCUCCCCAAUGGCGGGUUGA